GUCCUGCUCCCUUAAAACCAAGGCGUUCCUUCUUCAACAUCGGCCUGUAUUUAUGGACAAUUUCAUUUUUCAGGAUAGACAUGUUUGCAGUGUAUAAUCCAUGUGAAGGUUUGGCUGUUUGUGAGUAUCGUGUGAUACCGGUUUUCUCGCAGUGGUUUCUCCUGCGGCUGUGUGUGUGAAGCUGCUAACAGUGCUCUGGAGAGAGAGAGAGGGGGAGGCUCAACAUGGCGUCCGAGCAGGAAUUCCCAAAUGUGCCGGUGAAGAAGUCCAUGAGGGAGAAGGCAAUUGAGCGUAGAUCAGUUAAUAAAGAGCACAACAGUAAUUUUAAGGCUGGAUAUAUUCCGAUUGAGGAGGAGAGACUCCACAAAACAGGACUGAGGGGUCGCAAGGGCAUCAUUGCCAUUGGCAUUAUCAUCCUACUUUUUGUGCUUGCGCUCAUCAACCUCAUUAUAACGCUGGUGAUAUGGACAGUGAUACGGAUAGGUCCUGGAGGUUGUGAAAGUAUGGAGUUUCACGAGAGUGGACUGCUACGCUUCAAACAGAAGGCCGAUAUGGGCGUGGUCCACCCACUACACAAGAGCACAGUGGGCGGCAGGAAGGACCAGGACCUUGUCAUUACUGGCAACAAUAACCCAGUGGUGUUCCAGCAGGGCAACACCAAGCUGAGCGUAGAGGAAGAUAAGACGUCUAUUGUCAGCGAUUUAGGAAUCUCCUUUACUGACCCCCGCACUCAAACGACUUUCUUCAGCACUGACUUUGACAACCAUGAGUUCCACCUGCCCAAAGAGGUCAAGGUUCUCAAUGUGAAGAAAGCCUCUACUGAGAGAAUAACAAGCAAUGCAUCAUCUGACCUCACUAUCAAAGGAGAUGGUAAGGCCAUUAUCCGUGGCAACGAGGGAGUUUACAUCAUGGGAAAAACCGUGGAGUUCAGCAUGGGUGGGGACAUUGAGCUAAAAGCGGAAAACAGCAUUAUUCUAAAUGGCUCAGUGAUGUUCAGUCCUUCACGUAUACCAAACUCCUCUUUAGGGGGAGACCUGUACUUCAAUGAGGGGCUGGAGAGGUAUAAACUUUGCAUGUGUGCAGACGGCACACUAUUCAGAGUGCAGGUCAAAUACUCCAACAUGGGCUGCCAAACAUCCGACAAUCCGUGUGGAGCAGGACACUAGUGAAAGAGAAAGGAAAACCACUGGAAAACACAUACACAUGCUUAUUAAUGCCUUCUUAUGAACAUUUAGUGUGAACUGCCAAAAGUUGUUUUUCCUAAAAACUGGACAAUAAUUAUUAGUGUAUACACACCCAAAACACAAAAAACACACUAUCCGGCCUAACACGCCCACCCAAUAAGACAGUUUCUUCUACACUCCCACUCAGCUUUAUUAGAGGUCUAAGAACACGCACACACACAUACCUCUAUGAUGAUGAUGGCUCCCUUAUAACCAUAAAUCCGACCCAGCACAAACAGUACCGUUUUCUUUUAUGGCCGAGAGCUCCCUGUGCAUUUUCAUUAGCUUACCUCAGUGUUUUACAGCCUUUAAGCUGCCUACUUUCAGUCUUCACUGCAUGUGCUUUAAAUAUUGUAUCGUAGCAAAGUAAUUGAGUCCAGUGAUUUUCUGAGCAGUAUUAUUACACUCUUUUACUAUCCGCUCCUGUCAUUAAUAACUAUCAUAUUGGCACAUAAAAAGAGGGGUGUUGUUUGACUGAUAUAAGUGUUAAAAUAGUAUGUGUCAUAAACCUUUUGCAUUGUUCUACAUGGCCAGUGGGUCUUUAGAAGGCUUUUAAGAGGUGAUUUAAAGUGGCCAAUUUUAUUAAACAGCUCAGAUAUCAUUAAGAUUUCUUCAGGGUUGGUUUUUGUAUCACAAAUGUUUACUUGGUCGUGAUUGGACCCUUUUGCUUUUCAUUUCAUUUGUAAUAGUCUUCACUGAUGCAGAAUCAGCACAGUCAAGUGGCUUUAAAGCCACAUUUUAAAUAAGCAACACCGUAAGUCUGAUCCUGAAACAGUGGGUGGCGAUGUAUCACUUCUGGAACAUAUUUUCAAGGCCUGUAUUAUAUUGCCCAAUCGCCUUCUCAUGAUAUCUUUUGAUAAGAUAAAAAAAGAAAACUUCUAUGAUAUAUAAUUGAGUUAUCUGUGUGAUAUUUUGUGCAAUAUAACCUUCUUGGCCUGGUUUGUCUGGGUAUAUGUGUGGUAUUUAUUGUUGUUUCUGAACACAGUAUUAUUGUGAUGUCCAAACCAAAAAUCUUCUGUUCUGAGACUGUCAGAUGUGAUUUUCAUUUCAACCCUAUAAUGGAUUACUCUGUUAACCUGAAACCAUCUGCUCAUCUAUGUUUCUAGAUCUUCUAUGGUUUUAGGUCUUUUCAACGUUGUCAGAAGGGAAGUCACAAAUAUUUGGAAUGAAGAGGAAAAUAAAUGCUUUCAUAUUGCAGUGUUUUUGUUAAUAAAUGCAAAUGCGGUUUUGAUUGAAAAAAACUG